CCGGCCUUCUUGGCUGGGGAGCAUAUUUAGGGCACUGGGGGCCACAAGCCCAGCUUCUCCAACAGUGUGCCCUCUCCCCCAUGCUGCAGCUGUUGGCCCUCAUCCGGAGGUCCCUGGGCCCAGCGGAGAGCAUUAAGAGAAUGGGCCCGGCGUGGCCGUGGCUGCUGGGAGCCGGGGUCCUGGCCUCUGUCUGCUGUCAGCCCUUUCCCGCCCGUGGAGAUAAGAGCCCCGGGGUGCCUCAGCACCCGAGUCACCAGCUCACAGAGCUGGCCCCUGCCUACCACAAGGUUGCGCCCACCGUUACCAGCUUCGCUUUGCGCCUGUAUAAGCAGCUGGCGGCGCGAACCCCGGGAAACAUCCUCUUCUCCCCAGUGAGCGUCUCCAGCACCCUGGCCCUGCUGGCCCUUGGGUUCCAUGGUGACACCCAGACUGAGAUCCUGCAGGGUCUCGGUUUCAACCUCACGGAGACUCCAAGUGCCGACAUCCACAGGGGCUUCCAGAGCCUCCUACACACCCUGGACCUGCCCAGCCCCAAACUCGAGCUAAAGGUGGGGAACUCGCUGUUUCUAGACAAGCAGCUGAAGCCUCAGCAGCGCUUCCUAGACAGCAUCAAGGAGCUAUACGGAGCUCUGGCUUUCUCUGCCAACUUCACUGACUCUGCCACAGCCGGCAGGCAGAUCAGCGAGUUCGUGGGGAAGCAGACUUACGGGCGGGUCACAGACAGCUUCCAGGAGCUGGGCCACGACACGCUCUUGGUUCUCUUGAAUUACAUCUUCUUCAAAGCCAAGUGGAAGCAUCCUUUCGACCGCUACCAGACCGGGAAGCAGACGAGCUUCUCGGCGGACGACGGGACCUCACUGCGUGUGCCCAUGAUGCAGCAGCGGGCCAUGCACAGGUUCCUCUACGACCAGCAGGUGGCGUGCACAGUGCUCCAGAUCGAGUACAGCGGCAACGCGCUGCUGCUGCUGGUGCUGCCCGACCCGGGGAAGAUGAGGCAGGCAGAGGCCGCGCUGCAGCUGGAGACCCUGCGGAGGUGGGGCCAGCGCUUCCAGCCCAGCCUGCUGGAUUUGCACCUGCCACGGUUUUCCGUUUCUGGAACAUAUUACCUGGAAGAGCUCCUCCCCCUGCUCGGUCUCACCAGCAUAUUUGACUUGGGAGCCAACUUUUCGGGAAUCACCGGGCAGCUCAACAGAACCAUCUCCCAGGUGUUGCACAAGGCAGUGGUGGACAUGAACGAGAAGGGAACCGAGGUAGGGGCCGCCUCAGGCCUCCUCUCCCAGCCGCCGGCCCUGAACACGACCUCAGCACCCCACGCCCACUUCAGCAGACCUUUCCUGCUGCUGCUGUGGGAGGUGACCACCCAGAGCCUGCUGUUCCUGGGCAAAGUUGUCAACCCGGUGGCAGGGUGACUGUGCUGAGGGUCAGAGGUGUCUCCUGUCCCCUCGCCAAGCAGGAAGGGCAGCCCCCGCCUGCACGGCAGGGCCCGUGUGCACAGACACUAAUAAAGUUCGGGUUUGUGAACCCUGAGCAAUUGGGCCCAUCCCCGGGAAGCUCGUA